AGCGUCGGUUCCCUCCGCGCGCGCCGAGCCCGCGAACGCCCCGGGGACUGUCGGGCCCGCUCGCGGCGCGAGGGGCGGAGCCUCGGCGCGGGGGCGGGGCUUCGCCUGGGGUCAGCUGACCUGGCCGUGGAGGCAGAUCCCAGAGACCCAGGAACCCGGCCGGGCGGCGCAUCGGGACGAGGUGAGCCGGUUUGGGGCUGGGAGCAGGUACCCUGCGGGUGGAGGCCCCGGUGCCUCCCUGCCACAUCUUCACAGCGCCCCCUCCCGCCGCGGGACCGGCCUGGAGCUCCCGCCCUCUCCUGUGGAGCUCAGGGUCCUAGAGCCCUCGCCUGCCUCAGCGCCAGCACCCUCCCUCCCGCCCUCGCAGCAUGGUCUGGAAGAAACUGGGCUCCGGCAACUUCUCCAGCUGCCCCAAUGGCUCCCGGUGGAUUUGGGACGUGUUUGGGGAAUGUGCCCAGGACGGCUGGGACGAGGCCAGUGUGGGCCUGGGCUUGAUCUCCAUUCUCUGCUUCGCCUCGUCCACUUUCCCACCUACACGGCGGUGUACUACGUCUUGGCGGACCUGGUGAUGCUGUCCCUCUACUUUCACUACAAGUUUAAGAAUCGCCCCUCUGCGUUGUCUGCCCCCAUCAACGCCCUGCUCUUCUUCAGCCUGGGACUGGUGUGCGCCAGCCCGCUGCUGAGAAGCACUGCCUCCGUGGCCACCCCGAGGGAGGUCUUCCAGGGCCGGAAGCUCCUGUCUGUGGAGCCAGGCAAUAAGCCCUUCACGAAGCAGGAGAUCAUCGGUUUUGUCAUCGGCUCCGUCUCCAGCGUCCUGUACCUGUUCUCCCGGCUGCCUCAGAUCCACACCAACUUCCUGCGGAAGUCCACGCAGGGGAUCUCCUACUCGCUGUUCGCCCUGGUGAUGCUGGGGAACACGCUGUACGGGAUGAGUGUGCUGCUCAAGAACCCCGAGGAGGGCCAGAGCGAGGGCAGCUACGUGCUGCACCACCUGCCGUGGCUCGUGGGCAGCCUGGGCGUGCUGCUGCUCGACGCCAUCAUCUCCAUCCAGUUCCUGGUGUACAGAAACGCCGCCACGUCCUCAGAGCACCAGCCCCUCCUCCCCGGCUGACCGGGACGCAGGCCAAGCCCACAUGACCGGGACGUCCAGAUACCACUCAGGAAGAGAGGGGGGGCAGUCAGAGUGCCGAGGACCCUGGACUAGGCUGUGGAGGAAGCCAGGGUCGGGGGCCUAGUGCUCCUGACCCAGCUGCCUCCCUCACACCUGCUGGGCUGGCUCUUCCGGAGCCAGAUGGCCCCCAGGCCAGCCUGCCCCUCCCGCUGGGAACUCAAUCCCCGGGGUCUGAGGCCGCUGCCCUGGGAGCUUUGAUGAAGGGGCUGCCGCGGGGACCUCACCCCUGAAAACACAGCGCAGCCGCCCCUCGCUCACCUACCUCAUUCUGCUGCUCGCCCCCGAGGGACAGCCGUGCCUGGUGUGCCCAGACUGUCCCGUGGACUGAGCCAGCCUAGUAAACCAUACUUCCCAGCGA